UGUAUAAUAUAGAGAGGUGAUCCGGCGAGCUAUGUUUUCGGUGCAAACAAACGGCGAUUGAGUGUGGUCUGUGUGCGAGGGAGAGGCAGCGACAGAGACAGACAACUAGCUUGGCGCGAAAUCACUUGUGCAUUUAUACUGCAUUGCGCCAGUGAUAUACGGUCGCACUUCCUUAAACUUGUGUAUGGGCUUUUUUUGCAACUUUUUACAAUGGCACGAAGGUAUUGUUUUGCACCUGGAUGUCACAGUGGAUAUAGCGGAAGUUCAGAGAAAGUAUCCUUAUUUAAAGUGCCUAAAAACAAAUUAGAAGAGUGGAGUCAACGUAUUCCCCGAGCGGAUAAAAAAUUAACGAUUAAUGACGCUUUGUGCGAAAAACAUUUUUUUAAAGACGAUGUCAUACGUGAAGUCGUCACAGAAACAUAUUCAUAUGCACUGAAAAUCCCGCGCUUGAGAGAAAAUGCAGUACCAUCUAUUUGGCCUAAUUGUCCAACCUAUUUGUCGAAAAAGCCGGUAAAGAAAAGGAGGGUAAUCGAACGAGGCGAAUGUACAUAUGACCUGAAACGUAAAAAAAAUAAUGAAUUAGGUGCCAAUGAAGUGCAUUUUCAGAAAAAACUGAAAUGCACUAUUAGGCUCGGAAUGUCUGUCUGCCUGUCUCUCUGUCUGUCUGUCUGUCUGUCCGAUAUUUUAUAUCUCCGGAACGGUAAGUGCUAGAGGCUUGGUUGAGGUGCCGUUAGAUAGGUCUCGGCGAGUUAUUGAGCAGUACGGAGCCCGUAUGUCUGUCCGUAUGCCCGUUUGUCUGAUAUUUAUAUAAACAUGACUGAAAAUGCACUUAAAAUCCCUGUCCAAAGUUAAGCUUUCGCCAAUUUUUUCUUUUUUGAUGGGUCUUUUAAUCAUUUGUGGGAAUGUUAAAAACUUAAAUUGCAUUGCCUAAGUUAUUCCACUGAUUUCUAAUUUCCUUUUAGUUGAAAAGAUAUACGAAGGCAAUAACUCAGAAUAUAAUAAAUCUUGGUUAGUCACAAUAUUCGAUAGUUUGUCGAAGAAUAACGUUACCUUGCCGUCUGCGUCGUGGACCUUACAAUUCCAUAAAGAC